CCGAGUCAUAAAUCUCGCCCCCACAUAUCCAGGGCCUUGCAUCUAGCAGUCACUCUCGACUCCUAUCGCACUCUCAAACACUCAACCGAACGGCUCAAACGCCUCCUAGCGACAGCCGUCAGCGACCCUAAUUAGCGGGACCAACAACAAUUCAAUACGUCGCGCGCACAAAUAGGGCGCCCUCCUCAGUCAACUCUUCCUGAGAUGCCACACAUACUCUCCAUGACCCCCACUACCAUCUCACCAUCACUCAUGCUCCCAUCCUCAUCCUACUCGUCCUCGUCGACUGCUUCGACAUCGACGAAUCCUCCCGCCACACCUCCUCCCACCCCACCCAGCCACCUUCACAAGCUCCAUCGUCGGAGGUCACCAUCUCCCAUCCAAAAUCCCUUCCACAGUCGCCCCUACACCCCAACGACUCCCCUCAACGAUAUUACCCGCAUCCUCGACCCCGCAUACGCCCCUGCCUCCGCCAAGACCCUAACCUACACGCAGCAAUACGCGUACGUCGACGGCCGUGGCGAGCUCCACGACCCCGAUUACCGUGAUUUCCGUCUCCCGACUGCCCACUCGCAGAAGUACAACCAGCGGUACUCACAUCCAUUCGGCGACGACGGCGACGAAGAGGAGGAGGAGGACGAAGGCUCAUGGGAAGUUGGCCGCCGGCGGUCGAGCGAGAUUAACCAGCGUCGUGAUCGCCUUCUUUCGGGUUACGAUACCCCGCUCUACAACUACGAGCCAACAACAGCCUACGAAGAGCGCGGCCGCCCGCAGGAGACCAAGGAAAGCACCCGCUCAUGGGUUCGCCGCCGCAGCGCCGAGCUCACGCGCAAUUACCGCGAGCAGCCAGCUCGCGCGGUUACGUUCGAGGAUGACGAGUACGAUCUCCCUGCCGAGGACGGCGAGGUCGAGGGCCAGGAUGAGGGUGCCCUCGAGCACACCGAGAACGAGAAUGAGAAGUUGGACGGCGACUUCACGCCCACGUGCACCCACAGUCUCCGCCGCCAGUGGCACGCCGUCAUGCUCGGUCUCCGCUUCACUGUCUUCCGCACGAAGCGCCGCAUUCGGCGCCGUCUCUCAGGCUGAAGAAGGCCUCGAUCGACCGUACAUACUUCAGCACCGCCUGUGCCACGCCAUUCUGUCUUAGACCGACUACACUGAGAUCUUCGCAUUCUCAUCUGAACUGGGCCGCUCCGCUCUCUAUCUGGCGACAACUCCACAUAUCUCCCACUUGGACAACCCCCAAUAUAGACGGGAGAAGAGAAACGGUCGCUCAUGGGCGGCUAAUGGCCCCCAGCGACAUGUGCUCGGCGCAUAUAUGCGCAUAUACGCACACCCCAGCGGUCCCCAGUGCCCACUCGAGGAUGCGCCUGCCUAUUCGGUAGACGUCCCGUUCCUCGCUUUAGCUUCACACUCCACCCACCCUCCUAGUCUCGUGGCUACCUAUAUUCUGCUUCUUCCCCGGAUCUUGCAUUCCACCCCAUCCUAUGCCUCUCCCUUCACAGUUCUACCUGUUUCCCCACCAGCCCUUUCACGCCUCAAGAUUUACUCUCUCACGCCCACGUUCUCGUUCACGCUCUGCAAACACUCUACACGGACACGGAUCUCACAUUGCUUCACGUCUCUUUUAUGUUUAUGCAUGCACACGCACGCUCGGACUUUCAUUCACCACGGAUCGCAUUCUCAUCAUCAUCAUCAUCACCAUCCAUCAUGCUCAUCAUCAC